UAGUAUAUGUACACGCAGUUGUAUUUUUAUUGUUAUGUGAUUUGUUUUUUACUAGUACAUUGAACCUUUUUGCUAAAAAAACUGGAAUAUAAUGCGUUUCAGUCAAAUAUUACGCUUUCAUUUAUCUAGCAAUAAAUGGGCCGCGAAACAACAGUAUGUGCCUAAACAUAAUCCGGUGUUGGAGGAGGACAUCAAACGCCUACAGGAUUUCUUGAUGUCGAAGUCCAAUAUAGUUGUGUUAACUGGCGCUGGAAUAUCAACAGAGUCUGGCAUACCUGACUACCGCUCUGAAGGCGUAGGACUUUACGCACGCACUAAUCACAAACCCAUACAACACAUGGAAUUUGUGCGCUUUGCUAACGUACGUCAACGCUAUUGGGCACGGAAUUUUGUCGGUUGGCCAAGCUUUUCGGCUACAGAGCCCAAUCGUACACAUCAUGCAGUGGCACGUUUCGAACGCGAAGGACGCAUACAAUCGGUUGUAACGCAGAAUGUCGACCGAUUGCACACAAAGGCAGGCAGCAAGAAUGUAAUCGAAUUACAUGGUAGUGGUUAUGUGGUGAAAUGUUUAUCAUGCGAAUAUCGAAUCGAUCGGCAUAAAUUCCAGGAUAUAUUAAACAGCUUAAAUCCGGAAUUUCGUGAUGCACCAGAUAUGAUACGCCCAGAUGGUGAUGUGGAAAUACCUGCCGAGUACGUUGCCAACUUUCGCAUACCACAAUGUCCGGAGUGCAGCGGACAUCUGAAACCCGAGAUUGUAUUCUUUGGAGAUAAUGUGCCAAAGUCACGUGUGGAACAGAUCGCGAAAAUGAUUUACAAUAGCGAUGGGUUGUUAGUGCUCGGUUCCAGUUUGCUUGUGUUUUCAGGUUAUCGUAUGGUAUUGCAAACGAAGGACCUUAACCUGCCAGUUGCAAUUGUAAAUAUUGGCGAGACGCGCGCCGAUCAUUUGGCCGACUUAAAGCUGUCUGCUAAGUGUGGUGAUGUGUUACCAAAGUUGUUUAAUUUUAAAAAAUAAAUGUUUAUUAUUUUACUAUAAAAAAUGUAUAUAACAUAGAACA